AUGCCCUCCUACACCUUCACGGAGCCGCACCCGACCGUGCCCGCAAACUCCAUCACCCACUCGGGCCGCGGCGGCGCGGGCAACCACUUCCGCGCGCCCUCCCAGACCACCCCCUCCGCCGGCGUCCCCUCCCACGAGCUCUGCACCGUCCGCACCUCGGCCUCCUCCGUCAAGGCCACCCCGGCCCGGCGCUUCUACUCGGGCCGCGGCGGCGCCGGCAACGCCCACGCCGCCUGCGAGAAGCCCGUCCUGAGCUUCGACGACGAGUACGCCGCCGCCGCCGCCCGCGACAGGGCCAGCUCGGGCUUCGUCGGCCGCGGCGGCGCCGGCAACGCCGUCUACUCGGCCUCGCGGUCGGCCGCGUACGUCGAGAUCGGCGGCAGCGACGGCAAGAGCAAGAGCCACCGCGGCGGCGAUGAUGCCGGCAGCGUCGCGAGCUCGCGCCGGGACAGCAGCAGCACCGACGGCGGGGAGAGCGUGCGCAGCGGCGGCUUCUGGCGGACGCUGAGCCGGGUUGCUUCGCACCGGCACUGA